AGUUACCUUCAUACCUUAAAUGGAAAGAGGCCCAUUCCCAGCCCCCAUGCAGGCACUCAUUGUCUCAUUCAGUGCGCGAUGCGUUGAAAGCGUCGCGGCUCAGAACAUUUAGCCUCAGACACAAUCAAUUAUCAGAUAUCGCAACCAAUUAUCGCCACGCGCGCUGCCUUAAGGCGCUUGACUUACGCUUGAACUUUGCCUCUAAUAGAAUGGACGCCAACCGCAAGCGUCCUUCGGGCGACGAGUCGCCCAUGGAGGUGUCGGAGAAGGAUGACAACAUGCGCGUGGAAAAGAGGAACUCGGCGAGCGGCGAGGCCCAGCAGGUCCCGCCGGCGGUCCAGGCCGCAAUUUACGCCGCAGUCGGUGCGUCCGAGGAGCGCAUCACCAACGCCAUCCGAACCUCCGAGGAGCGCACCAAGGAGGUGAUCAAGACGAUGGUGAACCAGGCGGUCCGCGAGGCGUUGCGGAAUUAUUUGUCGGUAGACCAGCUGCAGAGCCGGCGUUGAGCGCGGUUGCUGACACGGGCUGACGAGGUUGUGUGCCGUCUGCCGUACUCGCCCGCCCGUGUCAGCAACCGCGCUCAACCCGGCUCUGCAGCUGGUCUAUCCGACGAUAAUUCCGUAACGCCUCGCUUGACUAAUCACAUCCUGCGCACGGGUUUGUUCGUUUUCUAAGGACAAGAUGUCGCUUUUACCGUAUUGCUUGUUUAGCCACUCAUCUACACAUGCUGUUCCAAAGUGUGCCUCCUGGCGUGUUUUUGGGGUCUGGCGUGCGCCCCAGCCCGCCUUCAAGGCUGCAACCAAGUGUAACAGACUGUUUGC